AUGACACGCCAACAGCCUUCGCUCUCUCCAUCGUCUGCGCCAUCGUCGGUCUCUGCUCGUCUUCAGCAUGAUCCAUCAUCAUAUUCCACUUUAAUACACGGCAGCAAUAAUAGAUUGCGCUCACAGACGCUGCUGGCGCGACUAUUUCGGCGCAAGGAGCGAUCUCCGCUAAACUCGCAGGCGCAAAACGAGCGGUUGCUAUACGGCGAGGAGGAGGAGAGCAAAGUCCGUGUGGAUUCGCCAAUUCGCGCACUCUUGCGAUCUCUUAGUCUGCAGCGCGGUGGCGACAAGACAAGUGAGGAGCGCACGCUAUCUGAGCCUGUGCACGUGCUUAUCGAAGGCGUGCUGACGAUGCUCGUACAGCAGCUCUACUGGCGUUCCAUGCCGUAUUACUUUGUGCUUGAGCAGACGGUAGAUAAAGAUGCAUUAGUAAGAUUUACUUUGAGGCAAUUUAGUAUUGAUCCAGCGAGUAGAAGACCAGGUCGUCUCGUAGCUAUUGUAACAUUGUCGCACAAUGAUGUGGUGACCGAUUUGAGAUCGUAUCGACAUGCUAGACAUGCGCUUGAGCUGCAGCUAGCAUCACUUAGCCAGCGCAAGAAUUUUGCAGGAGCUGAAGCAGCUGAAAGAGACGAGGGCUACGAGACAUUAGUGCUUCGACUCGCGGCAGGAGACGAACGGACAUGUGUCAAGUGGUUACAGAUGAUUGAUUCGUGUAUUGAUAAAUUAAUCGCACAAGCAGAGCCACAGUAUCGGUUUAAGGAUUUGGACGGUGGAACGGAACCAGCAAAAAUAGUGCCCAUGUUCAGAGAUGAUGGCCGAAGGGUGAAUGGGAUGAUGACGCGAGAUUGUGAUCCUUAUGGUAGCGCAGUCAGUUAUACAAGCAGUGAACGCAGCAAUAAUUACGGUGAAAUGGAUAUUCCAGCUGAAGAGAUUCGAGCAGCAAGACAAGAUAUUUUGGAGGAGGAUAAAGAAGAGGCGAAACUAGCUGUGCAAGACACACAGUCAUCUGUACGAAGUGCACAUGCCGAUAUAAACGAUGAGGUUUUGGCGCCAUCAGUUGUUGGGUAUUGUUGCUCGCCAGAGUUUCGAUCUUACGAGUCUUCAAUCUCUCAAGACUCAGACAAUAAUGCAGCAGAAGAACAGGAAAGUAGCAAUCAAGAAGGAGAAAAUAUCCUUAGGGAAGAUUAUUUUUCUAUUGCUGCAGCCACACAAAGAGCAGUGGCACCAUACAAGAGCGCAGUUCUGGCUGGAAGUAAAGCUUCUGCGUACCAAAGUAUGGGGUCAACGGAUGAGUAUUUGAAAUCUUCAUUACGGUCGUCAGUAGCACCAGCAAAUGAAUAUGGACACUUUCCCCGUGCUGCAUUCGGGGCCGGUAGCAGCACCAACUUCGUGCCAAUAUUGCGACCUCAAACCCACUCUUUUAGCGCGAACGGACAAGACUUCACCUUAGAUACUCGCUACCAACUUGUAAAGCCAAUUGGAAACGGAGCGUACGGUGCAGUGAUUGCAGUCAAGGACGUGAUUAAUGGCGGCGACGAUUUGGCAGUCAAGAAAAUUACUAACAUAUUUGAAGAUUUGGUCGAUGCUAAGCGAAUUCUGCGUGAGGUGAGAUUACUGGGUCAUUUUAACCACAAAAAUAUCACCCGGUUGCGCGAUUUGUCACCUCCUCCUUCGCGGAGGCAAUUUGACGAUAUGUAUAUUAUCACAGAGCUCAUGGAGACGGACCUUCACCAGGUCAUUUACUCCAUGCAACCCAUGUCGGACGACCACGUUAAAUAUUUUUUGUAUCAAAUGCUGUGUGCACUGCAUCAUAUUCACUCGGCAGGUGUCCUUCAUCGAGAUAUGAAGCCCAGUAAUAUUUUACUGAACGCAAAUUGUGAUCUUAAGGUGUGCGAUUUCGGUCUUGCGCGUGGCGGAAUCGACUCUUCAUUGGAGGUUUAUAACGAGCGACCACAGCUUGGUGAAUUGACAGAAUAUGUUGUUACACGGUGGUAUCGUGCACCAGAGAUCAUGUUAAACUGUCUCCACUAUACAACAGCCAUUGAUGUUUGGGCUGUGGGCUGUAUUUUUGCCGAGAUGCUUUUGCGCGAGCCCUUAUUCCCUGGGAACGACUAUUUGCAUCAAUUGAAGCUCAUCAUUAAUUUUUUGGGUACUCCAAAACAGGAGGAUAUCGGGUUUGUAAAGAACACAAAAGCGCUUCGCUUUCUGACAAAACUCGCUAUAUCGAAACCAAGGAAAUGGCGAGAUGUGUUUGCUAGCAGCGCUGUUGAGAAUGUUGUGAGUACAGAAGCUAUUGAUCUCUUGAGCAAAAUGCUUUUGUUUAACCCCGAAAAACGUAUCUCUGUUGAUGCUGCUCUACGACAUCCGUAUUUGGCAACUUUCUUUGAUGAAAACGAUCUUGUGGUCUCGAAGCCAUUUGACUUUUCGUUUGAUCUCCCAGAUGAUCAGCUGUCAAAGGAUGCUUUAAUUAAUCUGCUCUGCGAAGACAUCGAGCAAUUUCAUCCACAAGUACCCGUUUCGGUUACACCCAUGCCACUGGGGACUGCCGCUAGCCGUUUCUUUCGAAUGGGAAUGACAGCAUCAGCGAGUUAA